UUACCUUCUGGCUUCUACGAUUUCUUCAAUUUUGUUCUCCCCAAAAGCAGGAUCGUAGUCUUUGCCCUCGUCAAUUAGGGCCUGAGCCUCAGGGCUUUUGGCUUGUUUACAGGAGCCCCCCAAACAUUCCGAGUAAAAACUCAAUAUAACCACGUCCACCAGGAACCAUACAAGGGAGGUGAGCAGGAUCACCCUGCAAGUGUGUAUUCUCAAUUUGCCCACCAACAUUUUAUGUACAUUAAAAACUAGUCUUAAAAAGUAUCACAGUGCGGAUUUAAAAAUGUAAACGUUAUUGUGCCAUGGCGCUGGUUCAAUUAAUUAAGCCGCGUAAGCCUAAUCAACGAUUUCACUAAUAAAAAUUUCAUUAUUUUUCGAUUUUCCCGAGGCGAAUUUUACACGUCGACAUCUAACAGCGAUUCCACUUCUUUUGGACAACAAAAAUUCGUCCUUGAGACGUCAGUUGCAGUAAACAUAUUCUUUUCGGUUUGGGUGAGAGAGAACGAUAGCUAAUCUGCGAAAAACACAAAAAGGAUAGAGAUAACUCGAGCAAUUUUUAUGGACUUGUAGCGCCAUCUAUUAGAUAAUUUUCAUAUGUAGUCUAGUGAAAGGUGAAAGCAAAACAAACAUAACCUCAUUUCAAUAUCUUGAAUUUUUAUUUGUUUGUUGAUUAGAAAAUACACCAAAAUUUCUAAUUAAUUAAAUGCAAUUAAUUAAAAAAAUGCACUCAAAAUGUAGAUCAGAAACGUACCCAUUCUCCGAAAUAAAACGCUUAAUUUUCCCUCAGAAUCUGAUCCCCUGGUCUGUACAAUUUGAGGAUUACAAUCCUCCUGAAUACGAAUCCAGUGUUUUGUUGAACAAACCUUGGGCUGAUCCACCAAUAACCGACACAAAUUUCAAACCAAACUGGAACAAUUUGGACGAUAAAAUCAAUCGCAAAAGCCAUUUGGGCCCUUAUCGUAUCAUAGAAGGAAGACCCUUGAACCCCGUAGGUAGAACUGGUCUUAAAGGCAGAGGAGUUUUAGGUAAAUGGGGCCCCAAUCAUGCCGCAGACCCUAUUGUCACUAGAUGGAAAUUAGACACGAAUAAAGCUGUUUUACAGUUUUGUGCCAUCAAAAGAAAAGAUUGCGGCCAAUGGGCCUUGCCAGGUGGUAUGGUUGAUCCUGGAGAGCAAGUUAGUGAAACUUUGAAGAGGGAAUUUAUGGAGGAGGCUCUGAAUAGUCUUGAAGCAACUCCGGAUCAAAGACGCCUCGAUGAACAAAUGAUAAAAUCCUUUUUCUCAAAGGGCACGGAAAUCUACAAAGGAUACGUAGACGAUCCCAGAAACACUGACAAUGCCUGGAUGGAAACUGUAGCUGUAAAUUUCCACGAUCCAGACAAUAGUCAAGUGGGCAAGUUUGCUCUUGAAGCCGGAGACGAUGCAGCUCAAGUUCAAUGGAUGGAUAUUGAUAGAAAUCUAGAUUUAUAUGCCAGCCAUAGUGAACUUUUAAAAACCGUAAUAGAACGUUUAGGGGCACACUGGUAAAUAAAACCAGAUUUUUAUAAAUAAUAACUUUAACUAUAUUAGCUAUAUGUACAAAAAAUUGAUUUAAUUUAUAUAUUUUGAAAUACAAGGUUUUGUACUUGUGCAAAAAUAAUGAAAGACAAUAUUAACAAUACACUAAAAACUCUGUCAAUAAUAAGUAAAAACAAAAAUGGCAGUUAUCGAAUCAUUUACUCAACGUCAUUAAUCCUUCAUCCAUCAUAUCUUCUUCCAGACAACUGGAGCUUCGACUCGAAGCUCUGGAGUUCACAAUGUGGACGCUCACCGCAGGCGAAUGUGGAAAAUUCGGAGUUUUACUAAAAUCCAAAGCUUCGGUGUCGAUUGUCGUUGUAGGCGCGUACUUCGAGGCCAAAGUGAGACUGUGCAGGGCUUCGCUGGCCGAGGGAUAAGGGUUGAGUGGGUCCGUGGAAAGGAACAGAUCGUCG